CACCCGCUCGCUACACAGGCAUAAAGGCAUAGGAACAUGACAGUGAACGAAAAGAGCGGUGCGUUAGCCGUUUAUCGAUCAAAUGCUUAAGUACGCAUAAAGCGAACAGGCGAACGUGCUCUCACCCUUCUUUGUACUCCAUAGAAACAGAGCAGAUGCUGGCGCUGAGUGGUCUGACACUUGUGUUCUUAUAAAACCAAAAAAGACUUUUCGGUGCUCCAUCAGCCUUUUGUCCUCACUCUCCACCACCACCGCAGCGAACAAGCCAAAACCGCAGCUCCUUGACUUUGGCUCGCUUGUUGAUCUCAGGAACUGAUUCAGGACAGACCGAAUCAACCCAAUAAAGAGACAUCAUCUCUUUCACUCAUCGCCAUUACUUUCCUCCCAACAUUGCAUCACCAUGUCGUUCACAGCAAGGACAGGUUUCCUUAAGGCAGACUUUGUCAUGUCGACAAUUCUCUGUAUCCUCGGACUUAUUGUGCUCGGUACCAUGUCUAGGAACAGCUACUGGAAGAUGCCCGGCGAUACCAGCAUCUGCCUGCUCCUCGGGAACCCGAGGACCCUUACUUUUCACUCGUCCGCCUGCGUCUUCACCAUCUUUGUUGGGUUCAUGAUCGCUGCAGGAGGCGUAGGAUUGUUUGCCAUGGAUUACGUCACCUGGAAGCGCUCAGAACGAUUCAAGGGCAAGCGUGCAUCGGUUGCCGCCCUGUUGAUCUCUCCGCUCAUGUCGUUCUUUGCGUUCUCGACCGCGAUCGUCAUCGGAGUCGGCAUCAGAAACUUUUGUAACCAAUACGAUAUCCAGGGCGUGCCUGCUCCAGAACGCUGCCACAAAGAAAUUGAUAACAUCGCGGGAUUGCAGGCGGGAGUGAGCGCAGCAACCCUUGCAGGGUUCUUGUUCGCGUUCUAUGGAUUCAGCGAGUAUGCGCAAUACCGCCGUCGACAUAUCCAGGGAGAUAAGUGGUAAAUUCAUGCUAAAAGGGCGGCGCUGGAAGUCGCCCUUUUAACACACACAAAUGAAUAUUUAAACGUAAUAAUUCCCCUUUUGCAAUAAUAAUAAUAAUAAAAAGUCAAG